AUUGCAGUGCGAAUGGCGGAGAACCUUAAGAAUGCAACCGACCUCAUUGAACAGGGUCAUGUACGCGUGGGCACAGAAAUGGUUAAGGAUCCCGCUUUCCUAGUCUCUCGCAAUUUGCAAGAUUUCGUUACAUGGGUUGAUGGCUCCAAAAUUAAGGAACAUGUUUUACGUUAUAAUGAUAUGCGCGAUGAUUUCCAAAUGUAGAAACUAUAUAAUAUUUAAGCUCGAUAAUAUAUGAAAUUUA